GGAGCACGGGGGUAACAGUUUGCACACAGAUUCUGUAGGACAAACAGUUUUUUGAAGGCGAAGGACAGGAUCACUCGACAGAGAUGGCUGGAAAUAUUCACCUGUGUUUGUUUGUUCCAGCUUGCCUAGUGCUGCUUUUUACAGGUGUACAAAGCCAGGCCCCGGGAGCUCCCACCAUCCAGCGCUUCCCAGUCAUCGCACAGACAGAGGUACAGAUCACCAUCGGCGACCCGUCUGAUCCGGGCGGAAGUGCCGUCAACGACUUCUCCAUCCAACACCGUAUCGCCGGAAGUGACGACGACUGGGUGCUGUUUAGGACAAGAGACGGCGCGGGUGGCACGUGGGUGAUUGACGAACUGGAGCCCAGCACGACGUACGAGUUCCGCGCCGCCGCUGUCAACUCUGACGGUACGGGGCCGUGGACACCGCUCAGCGAAGUCACUACACUGGACCCACCCACAACCACAGGCGCGACAACUACAACUACUACCGGAGUAAGCACCACCCGUUCACCGUCAGAAGAUGAAGACGGGGACGGUAACAGCGAGCGGCCGGGGGAUACCGGCGCGGGGGGCGCGGACAGUACCACUGAGCGGGCCUCAGACGACCCCGCACCCGCUCCCGUAGCCGCCAUCGCCGCUCCCAUCGCUGCCGUAAUCUUCAUCCUGCUGCUGGUAGUGGGAUACCUCCUUCUGCGACGGACGUGGAAAAAUAAAGGGCGCUGGGGGAAGAAGGGCCGUGUAGUUCAACCGACAGAGUCGAGCAUGGAAAAGGGCGAAGAAAAGACAGUCCUGGAGGAUCACCACGAAACGCAACAAACACAAGGAGAGCAGCCAAACGGACAGACACAGGCACAGAACGGACAAUCCAGCCUAAAGCCACCGUACAAGACCCAUAUCAGAGCCUUCUCAGCGGCUUAGCGCCACACCAACUUCUCGGAUUUGUUCAGAAAAAAUAUGAAGGGGAAAAAUAUGAAGCGAAAACAAACAAACAAA